UUUUAAUUUGGAUUCCCAUUGCUGACACUUAUUUUCUCUUCAUUGGGAAAAAAACAAAAUUCUCCACUCACUGCUUUCUCCACAGCCACACCCAAAGAACAACAAAACAAAUCCACUCCCACACCUUUUCAGUUUCCUUUGCGUUCUUCCUCGUAACUCUCACCAUCAUAGCCGGAACCCUAAUUUGAUCUGCCGGAAAUCCACGGGGAGUAGAUGACUGUACGAUUGGGGAAUAGGUGAGAUCACGAGGGUUGGAUUUCCUCGCCGGAUGGAGGGAGGUAGCGUCUCUAGACUUACUUGUUCUGGAAUUCACCCAUGGAUUAUGAUGACAAUGAUUUUCAAAACCAGAAUCUCCAUUUAGCUGGUGAAGGUAGUGCCAAGUUUCCUCCAGUAUUAAGGCCAUAUGCUCUUCCCAAGUUUGAUUUUGAUGAAAGCCUUCAAGCAAAUUUAAGAUUUGAUAGUUUAGUAGAAACUGAAGUUUUCCUUGGCAUUGAAAGCAACGAAGAUAACCAGUGGAUUGACGCAUUCUCUCGAGGUGGUAGUGGAAUAGAGUUCAGUUCAACUGCAGCUGAAUCUUGCACUAUAUCAAGGCAUGGUAAUGUUUGGUCAGAGGCCACUUCCUCAGAAUCUGUUGAAAUGCUUUUAAAAUCUGUUGGACAGGAAGACUAUAUUCCUAGACAAACAGUUAUUCAGGAAUCAGAUGCCUGUGAUGAACUGGCUUGCUUAGCUAAGCAAAUGGACACCAAUCCCAAAUUUGAGGACAGAAAUGAAUUUAAAGACAGUAUUUCAGAUAUACAUCCAGCUGGUGGUACUCAUACAAGUUUUUCUGAAUUGAAAGAAGACGUAGGAAUGGAUAAGCCUCGGGAUGGAUUGUCCCAAGGCUGUGAAGGGGAAUUAUCCUUUGAUGGAACUUCAAGUAAUCCUGAACUAAGUAAUAUCAGUAGAAAUUAUGACUUGCCUCUGUCUGAAGGGAGUUUGUCUCCCUAUAUUAAUGACAAAAAUAAAAAUUCAAGUCAAACAGAAGUUGAGAUAGUUAAUGAUGAUUCAUCUCCUAUCAAAACUCAAGGUGAUUCAUCUUCCGUGCAUACUAAUUUUGCUGAAUCUUCUAUGAAUAAUAUGCAUGAUGAGAAGCAAGGUCCUAUUCAAGAACAUACUAAUAAUCAAGAUUUGGAAUCUUCUGUGAUGGAUGAAGCUGUUUUGGUAGACACACAGACUCAGGAAAGAGAUGUUGUUGGGGGUGAUGUGCACCAUCUGGAUAAAUCCCUUCAAUCAAUCCCUGCAGUAGUGACUUUGGAGGGUGGGGUUGUAGUUGAUGGUCUUCAGAGUGGAUUAGGUAGUUUAGAGAAUUCCAGGAGAAUGGAAUCUGUUGCUGUGUCUGACUUGCAGAAAGCUGAAAAAAGCAGUGAAGGUGGUGAUCAGUCUCAGAACAAUGCAAAUGAAGACUUAUUGUUGGUUAAAGAUGUGGUAAUGACUGAUCAGUCUGUACCAAAUACACAUGAUUUGCCAGAAAUAUCAAUUAAAGAUGAUUCAAUCUCUGAGGGGCAAGUGGUUGAGGUUAGUAAUUCCACUUGUGAAAAUCUUCCCAAUAUGCAGCAAAAUAUGGAUGUCACUAAGAUGAUAUAUGAUGGGAGCAGUGUUACUAAGGAAGUUGAGCUGUUGAACACUAGUGGUAAUGUGAACACAGUGAUUUUAUCAAGCCAGGUUGAGGCAUCUAUGGUCACUGCAGAGGAAAACAACAUUUCCAAUACUAGUGAAGGAAAUGAUGACAAUAGUGUAGGUUUUACAAAUAGCAGUGUGACCGACCUUUCAACGAAAUCUUCCAUUUUGGGUGAGUCUACUCAACUAUGUGAAAACAAUGAUCCUCACAGACAGAAUGAAUAUGAAAAAUCCGAACAAGUUGUCUCUGUCAAUGAUCAGGAUCAGCUGCUGAACACUGCUAAUCAUGUGGAUACAAAUAUUUUGUCAAGCAAAUUGGAGACAUCUGUCUUUACAGCGGAGGAAAAUAACAUUUCUAUUAUCAGUGAAGGAAUUAGUGAUAAUAGGGCAGGAGGUUUUUCAGGCAGUGGUGUGUUGACUGUUUCAACAAAAUCUUCCAUUUUGGGUGAUUCUACUCAAAUGUGUGUGAGCAAUCAAUCUGACAGACAGAAUGACAGUGAUGAAAGUAAAAGAGUUCCUACUGAUUCUAGCCAAAUGGAUUGUGAUGUUGAUCAAUCCCAUCUUGUGGAUAAGGGGGUGGUUUCAUCAUGUCUUAGUGAAAGUAGCUUGGAAACUGAAUUGAUGACUUCCUCAAUAUCAACCCAUUCUACACCUGUCAACAAAUCAGUUUCACAAGUUGUUUUGCAAAAUAGUAGCUUGACAUCACAUGAAGCAGACAUUCCACCUCUUAGCGAAGUUGUUUCCAGUCAUGAAGUUACUAGUCACAAUGAUUUUCAAGGGAUAACUCCUGUUGGAUAUUCUUCUGCCAAGGGAAAUGAAGAAUCUGCAGGAAAAGAAGCUGGGGAAGCAUGCCCAGCUACCAUUAUUGGAUCUUCUGAAAGGGAAACUGCUCCUUGUCCUGUUGUCACAGGAGCUGAAAAAACCCAAUCUUUUGAUAUUUCUAGUCAACUGUUAUCAGAGAAUUUAGGAACUAUUAGUGCUGUAAAGAUUGGUGAACCUCAAGGAACAAAAAAUGAUAAAGUUAUUCCAGAAUGUGCAAAAGAGAUUAGUAUUCCUCAAGUUAUAUGUGCAUCUUCGGACAACAAGAGUGAAGGUGUUGCAGUCUCUUCGAUUAAAGAUGAAAAGGAGACUGUGCAGGAGAAUCCUGAUAAGCCUUCCUCAGAAAAAUUAGAUGACAUUGCACCUGGAAACCAAGAUUCUAUAUCUUCUGCAUCUGUACCGAUCUCUUGCAUUGAUUUACGUGAGACUGGAGGUGGAAGCUUUCUUGCAAACAGUAGUUGUGAUCCUUCUAGCACACCUGGAAGUCCUUCUCACACUGGAAAAGAUAAAAAUCAAAUCAAGGCUUCUGCUAAACAGAACACCCAAGUUUCUGAGAUAAUAAAUGGUAGUUCAAAAGAUACAUUGUCUACUGCUCAAGAUUUAAAGGAGAACAAUUCAUCUAAAAAUGAAAGAAGCUCAACUCCUGAGGUAAAUUCAGUGACUGAUUUGUCCAAAAAGGAUGUUGCAGAUGUGAAUACAGAAGGUGCUGACCAGAUGCAAUCAAUUCCUGUUACUGAAACAGUAAAAAAAUCAUCAGCUAUGGAGGGAUUUCCUACUUCUGGGAUAGGUCCUUCAAAAACCAAAGCCGUUAGAAAAUCAUCUCAUGGAAAUCAACAAAUAUCAGAUGUAGGAAUUGUACACAGUGCUUCUAAAGCUACACCUGAGCGCAAAACUAGGCGAGUAUCUAAUAAGAGUGCUGGAAAAGAAUCUUCUAGAAGAGGAAGUCAUGCAAAGGACACUACUCUGGCUAGACAGUCAGACAGAGGUGAUAAACCAACCAAAGUUUCCCUGAGCCCGCCUCCAGGUUUCCAGAUGAUGCAGUCAAAUGAGGUGCAGCAGUAUGGGCACAUUGAGCCAAAUAGUACAAAGGCAUUUGCUCUUGUAAAUAUUUCAACAUCUAGCCUUCCAGAUUUGAACACUUCUGCUUCUCCUCCUGUUUUAUUUCAUCAGCCUUUCACAGAUGUGCAGCAAGUACAAUUACGUGCACAGAUCUUUGUCUAUGGAGCUUUGAUUCAAGGCACGGUACCGGAUGAGGCUUACAUGAUAUCAGCCUUUGGGGGAUCAGAUGGUGGUAGGAACCUUUGGGAGAAUGCUUGGCGUGCCUGCAUGGAAAGGCAACAUGGUCAAAAAUCUCAUCCUGCUAACCCAGAAACACCUGUGCAACCACGAUCUGUUGCUAGAAGCUCUGAUUUGCUGCCUAAGCAAAGUGCUAUUCAAGGGAAAAGUAUCUCUUCACCACUUGGUCGAACCAGCAACAAGGCUACUCCACCAAUUGUAAACCCCUUAAUACCUCUUUCAUCCCCCCUUUGGAGUCUAUCAACUCUGGGUUUAGGUGGUGAUUCUCUGCAGUCUAGUGCCCUUGCAAGAGGUUCUGUUAUGGAUUAUCCACAGGCAAUUACUCCAUUGCAUCCUUAUCAAACUACUCCUGUAAGGAACUUUCUUGGACCUAACACACCUUGGAUAUCCCAGACACCCCUCCGAGGAACAUGGGUUGCUUCUCCAACUCCUGUACCUGACAAUAGCACCCAUAUUUCUGCAUCACCUGUCUCAGAUACAAUUAAGCUAGGCCCAAUCAAAAUAUCUCAGCCUCCUUCCUCUGGCAUAAAGAAUGUUACUUCUGCUCUCCCUACUUCUGGUGCAGCUUUUCAAAGUAUCUUUGCAGGAGCUGCCUCUUUGAUUGAUGCAAACAAUAUGGCAGUAUCACCUGCUCAACAUUCUUCAGAUCCAAAGCCCAAAAAAAGGAAAAAAGUUGUGGUAUCUGAGGAUUUUGGCCAGAGGGAUUUGCAAUCAUUGGCUCCUGCUGUUGGUAGCCAUACAUCUACUUCUGUUGCAGUUGUGGCCCCUGGUGGGAAUGUGCCAAUAACUACUGUUGAAAAAUCAGUUGUGUCUGUAUCUCCUCUUGUUGAUCAAUCAAAAAAUGAUCAAAAUGUUGAGAAAAGAAUUAUGUCAGAUGAGUCUCUUAUGAAAGUUAAGGAGGCAAAAGAUCAUGCCGAGGAGGCUGCUGCCCUGUCUGCUGCUGCAGUGAAUCAUAGCAUAGAGUUAUGGAAUCAGUUGGAUAAGCAUAAAAAUUCUGGCUUGAUGCCAGAUAUUGAGGCUAAAUUAGCUUCUGCAGCAGUUGCAGCUGCGGCAGCAGCUGCCAUUGCAAAGGCAGCAGCUGCAGCUGCCAAUGUUGCAUCAAAUGCUGCUCUUCAAGCAAAAUUAAUGGCUGAUGAAGCAUUACUUUCUUCUGGUUAUGAUAAUUCAAGUCAAAGUAAUCAAAUUUCUCUUUCUGACGGUACCAAUAACUUGGGUAAAGCUACCCCUGCUUCCAUCUUGAAUGGUGCUAAUGGAACUAGCAGUCCUGGUUCUAUCAUUAUUGCUGCCAAAGAAGCUGUUAAAAGGAGAGUGGAUGCUGCUUCAGCUGCCACUAAAAGAGCUGAAAAUAUGGAUGCCAUUGUUAAGGCUGCUGAGCUGGCAGCGGAAGCUGUAUCUCAAGCAGGAAAGAUUGUAAGUAUGGGUGAUCCUUUGACAUUAAGCCAGUUAGUAGAAGCUGGCCCAGAGGGAUGUUUGAAAUCAGCCCGGGACUCUUCUCAGCAAUUUGGAAAUUUCAAAGACAGUACCAGAGAUAUGGCGAACAUUGCCAAUGUAAUAGAUAUUCCUGAAACUUCUUUUGCUCAAAACAGAGACAUUUUAUCUAGUGGUGGAAUUUCGUCUUCCAUUAAGGUCAAUGAAAAGAAAUCAAGAGGAUCAAAGGGGCGCAAGGUUAUUUCUGAUGUAAUCAAGCCUGUUGAUAAGGUUCAUGUAUCUACGCCUGAAACUGAGGCUCCUUUUAAUGUUAGUGAUGGAUUUGAGAAUCUGGAUAGAAGUAGCAUCAAGGAAGGCUUACUCAUAGAGGUUUUUAGGGAUGAUGAAGGGUUUAAAGCCGCAUGGUUUCCAGCCAAUAUUUUGAGUUUGAAGGAUGGUAAAGCAUAUGUAUGCUACAAUUCACUUGUAGCUGCUGAAGGUGCAGGACCCUUGAAAGAAUGGGUAUCACUUGAAUGUGAUGGAGACAAACCACCCAGAAUACGCACUGCUCGCCCUGUUACUGCUUUACAAUAUGAAGGAACGAGAAAGAGACGCAGAGCUGCUAUGGGAGAUUAUGCUUGGUCAGUUGGGGAUAGAGUUGAUGCAUGGUUACGAGAAAGCUGGUGGGAAGGAGUAGUCACAGAGAAGAAUAAAAAGGAUGAAACAACAUAUACUGUUCACUUUCCUGCUUUUAGAGAAACAUUGGUUGUCAGAGCUUGGCAUCUCCGUCCAUCCCUUGUUUGGAAGGAUGGUAAAUGGAUUGAAUCUUCCAAAGUGGGAGCAAAUAAUAGUUCUACACAUGAGGGUGAUACACCGCAAGAAAAACGACCUAAACUGGGUACUCAUGCGGUAGAGGUAAAAGGAAAAGACAAAAUGCCGAAAGGCUUUGAUGCUGUGGAGUCGGCAAAACCUGAUGAAAUGACAUUACUUAAUUUGACUGAAAACGAUAAAGUUUUUAACAUUGGUAAGAACAGCAAGAAUCAAAAUAAACUGGAUGCACACAGAACGGUGAGGAACGGUCUUCAAAAAGAAUCAAAAGUAAUUUUUGGUGUUCCUAAACCCGGGAAGAAGAGAAAGUUUAUGGAAGUAAGCAAGCAUUACGUGGCACAUGAAAGCAGCAAGGCCAAUGAUACAAGUGAUUCGGUUAAACUAGCAAAUUUCUUGAUGCCUCCUAGUUCAGGGGCCAGAGGUUGGAAAAAUGGCUCCAAAGAGAAACAUGGAGCCGAUUCCAAGGCCAAGACAAGUGAGUCUGGAAAACCACUGUGUUUUUGGGUAGUAAUUCCAGCAAAAAACAUUUCUUUAUCAAAUUCGUUUUCUCAUGCCAUUUUGCUGACAGGUACGACGGAAAGGAUAAAGGAUUAUUCAAGUCACUUAAAGAAUGCUUCCCAGAGCGAAAGUAAGGUGGAGAGAGCACCCCACUCCACGACCGAUGGAACAACUCAAGUACCAAUUUUGUAUUCAUCACUGGUUGAGAUCCUUCCACCUAAAAGGGCAUCCUCAUCAAGGGCAAGCAAAGGAAAACUUGCGCCUGCCCGAGAUAAGAUGGGUAAAGGUGACACCGAUAAGGCUUUAAAUGACAAUCCUAUCAAAUCAGCAUCUGAUGUCAUUGAGCCCCGCAGAUCCAAUCGCAGAAUCCAGCCAACGUCAAGACUAUUAGAAGGAUUGCAAAGCUCUUUGAUCAUAUCUAAGAUUCCGUCGGUUUCACACAAUCGUAAUACUAAGGCAGGUUAAAUGGAAGAAGGAGCUGGGAAUUGCAAUGAUGGGGUACAGUGAAAAGGAGCGGGCUGUGACAUAGCUAGCUAGCAUAGAUGUGUAUAUUUAUAAUAGAGAACCAACCAACCAACCAACUUAGGAAUGGAAAUUCUUGCUUCAUAUGUUUAGGCAGACUAUAGCUCAGUAGACGGUCGGUCAUGUUGAUUUUAGUAUUUAUUUUAAUGUGAUUUGAUCCGUAGGCUGUGCUGUAUAUGGAAAUUUCUCCAUCUCAUCAUCUACCUUGUGUGUAGAGGUUUGUUCAUCAAAUCAUAACGUCAUGCUCUGCAUGCCAAUCGUUGCAUCGCC